AUGAGCGGCUUCGGCUUUAUCGAGUACGAAGAUGCGCUGGAUGCUCGCGACGUUGUUCCAGCUUUUCAUGGCAGUGACUUUAAAGGGGAAAGACUGACAGUCCAGUUUGCACGAGGACCUCGUCACAAAGAAACAUUCAAUGGCCAAUCGGACCGCUUUGGUGCAUCUAAGCCUCGCCGAACGGUGUUCCGCAUGCAGGUCUCAGGUCUUCCUUCUGAAACUAGCUGGCAGGAUCUCAAAGACUUUGCUCGUCAGUCUGGACUGGAUGUAGUCUUUUCUGAGACCACUCGGGAGCGUGACGGUAGAGGCUUUGUCGAGUUCCAAUCGGCUGCCGACUUGAAAACAGCUGUCGAGAAACUGGAUGGCAGAGAGUUGAAAGGCUCUCAAGUCACAUGUGUGUCUGACAUUCAGCCUGUAGAAGACCGCGCCCCGUUUCGCGACCCUUAUCGAUCUCGGUCACCUCCGCGCCGUGGAUAUCCUCCUAUGGAUGACUAUGACCGACGUCCUCCACCCCGCGGCUAUAGCCCUAGAGGUCAUUACCGCGAGAGAUCCCCUCAGUCACUUCGCCGAGACUACUAUGAGAGAGAUGGAUAUGGACGGCGAACCCCUCCCCGUGCACGUCUAGAGGACUACCCGCCUCCUCGCCGCCCCUACGAUGACCCUUAUCCUCCUCCACCACCUCCUCCUCGCCACUACGACGACCCAUAUUUUGCUGGAAGACCACCAUAUGGCCGUCCACGCAGUCCUCCGCGGGGUGACUACGCAGCAUAUGAUCGCCGUUCAUAUUGGUAG